AUGCAACCUGCAGGAGCCCUCAAAGCUGGUGUGUCUCACCCCAGCGUCUUGACGUAUCAUCUAGACUCAAGCAGGAGUAAUGCUUCGCAAAACGUCAGCAGUAGCUGCCCCAGACAGGCUGCCCAUAUAACCGACAGCUUCCCAGCGAAUCAGCACGCAACAAGGGCGCCCGACGAUCGCCAAGUUGCGAGAUGGCACAUGUCAAGAUCUCCCCGAAGCGGAAACCUCCUCAUACCUUACCGCGUAAGCAAUAAGAGCAUGGAAGUAGAAAGGCCACCGCCUUCACCGGGAGGUAACCCGGCCGUCUCGGCGUUCCACGAACACCUUGAUAUUGGAAAGAAUAGCCCGCCGGUGUUAAUCCCAAGCGGAAACCCUUUCAAACACGACAAGCUGCUCAACUUAGCAGCAAACCCUUUCACUCUUCCCUUCCCUCGCCCAAUCCCAAGCCUGUUCCAUGAUCCCCCCAAACUGCGCAAUCCGAAGCGAGCGAGAGUGGAUGACUCUGUAGAUACAGUUCGUCUGAAGAGCUACGCCAUACCUACGAUGCCCAUGUCAUCACAUUUUCUGUGCUUCUUAAUUCGCGAUCUUAAUCUUCCUGGUUCAGGGACUUUCCCGACGGAGCACAAGCUGAAAGAAGCUGCUCAUGCGCGCGUGACCACAAGAGUUUCAGCUCCCGAUGCGGAUGAAACCAUUCAGGGUAGCAUCAGCGGCACCAAUACCACACUGUCACGUCUGCCUCACAACCGUCAGCUAUAG